AUGGGCCACAAGCAGCUGCUUCAGGUGCUUGUAGAGAGGAGGCUCCUGGCUCUUCCCCCACGGAGAAAAGCCACCCAUGCUGUCAGCGGGAACCCCACGCUCCCGCCAUUCCCUGAUGGGAUGCAGGUGGCCAUUUUCGGCAUGGGAUGCUUCUGGGGAGCGGAGCAGCUCUUCUGGAGGCUCCCAGGGGUCUUCUCCACCCAGGUGGGCUUUGCGGGUGGCUUCACCCCCAACCCCACCUAUGAAGAGGUCCGCUCAGGCAUGAGGCAGCAGGAGGACGUGGGCACCCAGUACCGCUCUGUCAUCUUCACCCUGGGCCCCGAGCAGCACGAAGCAGCUCUGCGGAGCCGGGCAGCUUACCAGGAGGAGCUGAGCAAGCGGCGCCUUGGGACCAUCACCACGGCCAUCGAGCCGGCCGGAGACUUCUUCUAUGCCGAGGACCGGCACCAGCAGUACCUGCACAAGGUGCCCUCUGGCACCUGCGCCCUCAGGGGCACCGGCGUCGCCUGCCCCGCGGUCCCCUGAG